GAUCCAAACCUCCAGAGCCAAACAUACACAAACAUGGCGAUACCACAGGCGGACAAGAUGCACUCCUGCCUUCGCAUAUGUUUAUUAGUCCUGCCGGUUAUUGGAUUAAACGCGUCGACGCUUCACGUUCACUCGGAGCAGCGUUACAUUCUCCCACAGAACAGAGGAAUUCACACGAUAAACGCAGAUGUGGAUUUGGCGGACGGUGAUGGAGGAGGCGCCGCGGCUCCUGCGCUGCGCCCGGCCGCUCGAGGUGUCACUGAAGGCGGCUCAGACACGGGAGAUUCACCGCAGCAUCGAACACGGAGGAGUAUCGCAGACUCGGCCAUGCCCAAGGUGUACGGCCAGGCCAAUCUCAAUGACUCCCAUAACCAGAUGGUCGUGCACUGGGCCGGAGAGAAGAGCAACGUGAUCGUAGCUCUGGCCCGGGACAGCGCUGGAGCCACGGGUCCUAAAACGAGUUCAGUUUACGUCUCCUACGACUACGGCACGAAUUUCGCACUGGUGUCGGAGAGGUUUCAGCUGACGGGGGCCAAAGCUAAAGAUGGAAACAAGCAGGUCAUCUCACAGUUUUACCACAGCCCCGCGGACAAUAGGAGGUAUCUUUUUGUGGACUCUACCAACAACUUCUUGUGGAACACGUUUGAUUUCUGUAAAACCGUCCAGGGCUUCUCUCUGCCCUUCAAACCCACCGACCUGCUGCUGCACAACCGCAAGUCCAACCUGGUCCUUGGAUACGACAGCUCCCACCCAAACAAACAGCUCUGGAAAUCAGACGACUUCGGGGAGACCUGGGUGUUGAUACAGGAGCAUGUAAAGACCUACUUUUGGGGCGUAGAGCCUUAUGACCCCCCCACCACAGUCCUGGUCCAGAGGCACGAGCCGCAGGGCGUCUCCACCGUCCUCAGCAGCACCGACUUCUUCCAGAGCGAACAGAACCGCAGAGUCAUCCUGGAGCAGGUGGACAGCUUCCAGCUCCGAGACAAAUACAUGUUUGCCACCACCACACGGAAGCUGUUUGGCAGUCACGAGCCCUCCUCUGUCCAGCUCUGGGUCUCUUACAACAGGCAGCCCAUGAAAGCAGCACGGUUUAUGACCCGCCAUCCAAUCACAGAGUACUACAUCGCUGACGCAUCCGAGGACCAGGUUUUUGUGUGUGUGAAUCACGUCAACAACGUCACGCACCUGUACAUUUCCGAUACUCAGGGCCUCUCCUUCUCACUGUCACUGGAAAAUGUUCUGUACUACAGCCCUGAGGGGUCGGGCAGCAACACACUCAUCAAGUACUUUGCAAAUGAGCCGUUUGCCGAUUUGCACCGUGUGGAGGGUCUGCGUGGAGUCUUCAUCGCUACACUCAUAAACGGGUCUGUCAGUGAGGACAAUAUGAGGUCAGUCAUCACCUUUGACAAAGGAGGGACUUGGGAGCUGCUCCAACCACCUGCUGCCGACAGUUUAGGAGGCACCGUGGACUGUCAGCUGAAUAAAGGCUGCUCGCUGCACUUGGCCCAGCGCUGGAGUCAGCUGCUCAACAUCCAGCUCAGGAGGAUGCCCAUCCUGUCCAAAGACUCUGCCCCGGGCCUCAUCAUGGCCACAGGAUCUGUCGGCAAAAACCUGGCUAACAAGCCCAAUGUUUAUGUGUCCAGCAGCGCCGGAGCCCGCUGGAAAGAGGCUCUUGCUGGGCCUCACUUCUACACCUGGGGAGACCAUGGAGGGAUUCUCAUGGCCAUUCCACAAGGAGGCUCCACCACAAAUCUAAAGUUUAGCACAAACGAAGGGGAGACUUGGACUGAUUUUAAGUUCUCAGACAGAGAGGUGUACGUUUACCAGCUGCUGACUGAACCUGGGGAGAAAAGUACCAUCUUCACCAUCUUUGGCUCCUACGCCGACCAGAGGCACAGCUGGCUCAUCCUGCAGGUCAACGCCUCCAACGUGCUGGGCGUCCCGUGUUCAGAGGCAGACUACAAGCGCUGGUCUCCGUCAGAUGAACAUGGAAACGAGUGUUUGUUGGGCAGAGAGAUCACGUUCAAGAGGAGGGCUCCACACGCCACAUGUUUCAACGGAGAAGACUUCGACCGGCCCGUCACGAUCUCCAACUGCUCGUGCACCAGACAAGACUACGAAUGCGACUACGGCUUCAAACUGAGUGAGGACCUGUCUCUCCAGGUGUGUGUGCCUGACCCGGAGUUUUCGGGCGACCUCUACGCUCCCCCCGUCCCGUGUCCUGUCGGCACCACUUACCGCCGCAGCAAAGGGUAUAGAAAAGUGCCCGGUGAUAGCUGCAGUGGAGGAGAUGUCGAGGCCAGACUUGAUGGGGAAAUGCUGCCGUGUCCUGUAGGAGAGAGUAAUGAGUUCAUCCUGUACGCUGUGAGAAACUCCAUUCACCGCUACGACCUGGCCACAGGCAGCGACCAGCCCCUGCCCCUGUCCGGUCUGAGGGAAGCUGUGGCACUGGACUUUGACUACGACCGGAACUGCCUCUACUGGGCUGACAUCUCACUGGACACUAUACAGCGUUUGUGUCUGAACGGCAGCACGGGUCAGGAGGUGGUCGUCAGAAAAGACCUGCAGAACGUGGAGGCCCUGACCUUUGACCCUGUCAGUCGGCUUCUGUACUGGGUGGACGCUGGAGCGCAGAAGAUUGAGGUUUCUAAUCCUGACGGCGACAUGCGGCACACUCUGCUCAACUCCUCCAUCCUCGAACACCCCCGAGCUCUGGUGCUGCUUCCUGGGGAAAGUCUGAUGUUCUGGACGGACUGGGGAGACCGUGCCGCCGGCGUGUACCGCAGUUUUAUGGAUGGUACAAACGUGACGUGUAUCGUGUCUGACGGCGUGCGCUGGCCCAAUGGCAUCACAGCCGACGACAACUGGCUGUACUGGACCGAAGCCUACAGCGACCGGAUAGAGCGAGCCGACUUCAACGGGGGUCAAAGGAGCGUCCUGAUGGAGGGGCUGCCGCAUCCAUACGCCAUCGCAGUCUUCAAAAAUGAUCUUUACUGGGAUGACUGGUCCAGGAUGGGGAUCUUUAAAGCUCCAAAAGGAGGAUCCCAGGGAAAUGAGCUGAUCGUGGGGAGGCUCACUGGAGUAAUGGACCUCAAGAUAUUUUAUAAAGGAAAACACAGAGGCCAUAACGCAUGUGCUGAUCAGCCCUGUAGUCUGCUGUGUCUGCCUCAGCCUGGACAUCGGCACACGUGCGUUUGUCCAGACGGAGCGCCAACCAAAACUUUACCGAGCGGAGAGCUGCAGUGCCUGUGUCCCAAGGGCUACCAGCUCCACAACAACACCUGUGUCAAGCUCGAGCAAAGCUGUUUACCAAACCAGUACCGCUGCUCCAACGGCCGCUGCAUCAACAGCAUCUGGAAGUGCGACAGUGACAACGACUGUGGAGACAUGAGCGACGAAAAAGAAUGUCCCACCACUACCUGCGACCCGUCCAACCAGUUUCGCUGCGUGGCCUCGGGGUCGUGUAUCCCUUUGGCGUUUAAAUGCGAUCAUGAAGACGACUGCGGAGACAACAGCGACGAGGAGCGCUGUGAGUCGCAUCAGUGUGGUCCAGGGGAGUUCACUUGUGCCAGAGGAGUUUGUAUUCGUGAGGCCUGGAGAUGUGACGGAGACAACGACUGCAGAGACUGGUCUGAUGAAGCCAACUGCACCGUGGGCCACCAUACCUGUGAAGCCAGCAGUUUCCAGUGCCACACGGGCCACUGCAUCCCACAGAGAUGGAAGUGUGACGGGGACGAUGACUGUCAGGACGGUUCAGAUGAAGACUUCGAGCACUGCGAAGGAACAAAAUGUAAAGGCUUCCUCUGUUCCAACGACACCUGCCUCCCAGCGACUGCCCACUGUAACGGCAUCCAGGAGUGUUCAGAUGGAGCGGACGAGCAAAACUGUGAUCCGCUGUGCACUCGCUACAUGGAGUUUGUGUGUAGGAACAGAGCGCAGUGCCUGUUUCAGUCUCUCGUCUGCGAUGGGAUUAAACACUGUGAGGACGGAUCUGAUGAGGACUCGGAGUACGCAGGCUGUGCCACGCCAACAGAGUUUGGAAAAGUGUGCGACGCCUACACUUUCCAAUGUGGCAACGGGGUCUGUGUGAGCCUGGAGUGGAAGUGUGACGGCAUGGACGACUGCGGAGAUUAUUCUGAUGAAGCCAACUGCGCUGCGCCCACCGAAGUGCCAGGAUGUUCCAGGUAUUUCCAGUACGAGUGCAAAAACGGCCGCUGCAUCCCGACGUGGUGGAAGUGCGACGGGGAGAACGACUGUGGUGACUGGUCUGACGAGGCUCAGUGCACAGGAGGUGUAACUCCACACACUGUCUCCCCUGGACCCUCCACCUGUGCCCCCAACCGCUUUCACUGUGGCUCUGGAGCGUGCAUCAUCAACACUUGGGUUUGUGACGGUUACGCUGACUGUCCAGAUGGUAGCGACGAGCUGGGCUGCCCCACAGUGAACAGCUCUGCGACCGUGGCUCCGGUGCCCACCCUGGCUCCUCCUCAUCCUCCGUUUCCGGGACGUUGCACUCGGGGGCAGUUCCUCUGUCAUCGACCUCCGAGCUGUAUCCCGGACUGGCAGCGCUGUGACGGGCAGGCCAACUGUCAGGACGGCUCUGAUGAAGCGCUCUGCCCUACCCGCGGGCCUUUGUUCUGCGUAAAUGGGACACGCUGUGCGGACGGGGAGGCCUGUGUUUUGGACGGUGAGCGGUGCGAUGGUUUCCUGGACUGCUCUGAUCACAGCGACGAGGACAACUGCACACCUGAGAAUCAGGCGUUCAAAGUUCAGAACCUUCAGUGGACUCCUGACUUCCUCGGUGCCAUUACAUUGGUCUGGUCCCGGCCUAAAAACCUACCACUUGAUUCUUGCAACUUCCUCAUCUCAUACAGGCUGGUGGAAGCUCAACAGUGGACAGUGAUGGACACUCACAGCAACAAAACCACCUACAAACUGACAGUGCUGCAACCGGACUCCACGUAUCAAGUGAAGGUCCUCACGCAGUGCCUCAGCAAACUGCACAAGACCAACGAGGUCAUCACCGUCAGGACGCCGGAGGGACUGCCCGAUCCACCCAGGAACCUGCAGCUGUCCUGUGGGAACAGAGAGGACGGAACAGUGGAGGUGUCCUGGAGCCCCCCUGACAAAUCUCACGGGCUCAUCAGAGAGUACCUCGUUGAAUACAGUGAGAGAAGCGGUCAGGACUGGACGUCACAGAGGUGUAUGACGACCAGCGCAGAAGUCAAGUCCCUGCGGUCGGACACUAUGUACAAGUUCAGGGUGGCUGCAGUGACCAGUCGAGGAUUAGGAAACUGGACAGAGGUGAAAUCUAUCACUCCCCAAAAAGCUCUUCCUCCACCUUCAGUGAUCGCUGACACCAUCACAGACGACUCCAUGAGCUUCUCCUUCAGCUUUAACUCUCAGUAUGAGAAGGCGAAGCACUACGUGGUCGUUUUGUCCUGGCAGUUUGACAGCCACAUGAAGGAGAGUAAAAACUACACCGUACCGGAAAGGAUACUCAAAGUCAUGAACCUGACCGCAGGGACCGUGUAUGAGGUGGCAGUUUGGGCCCACACCAGCAUCGGGGACAGUCCCUCGGCUCUGUCCCAUCACCAGACCAGCGGCACUCAGCCCGAGAGACCGCUGCUCAAGACUCGCGCGCUCAAUCAGACUGCGGUGGACUGUAGCUGGACUAUCAACACUCAGCCUGUUCAGGUGGUGUACGGCGUGUUUUAUGCCACUUCCUUCCUGGACCUUUACCGCAGACCUCGUUUGGUGCACACUACAUCUCUGAGCCUCACGGUGACUGUCGACAGUGACGAGCAGUACCUCUUCCUGGUGCGUGUGGUCUCUCCGUACUUAGGCCCACCCUCGGAUUUUGGUGUGGUCAAAAUGAUCCCCAACGAACGCCUCCCGCCCAGAAACCUCCACAGAGUCCGAGUGGAUAAGACACAGGCCACGCUCAAAUGGCAGCCUCCGUACGAUGCCCCGAACGCGGCUCUGACAUAUGUGAUCCACGUGCGGGACGUGAUCCGAAAGGAGGAGCGUGACUACAAACUCACGUCCAAAAACAACACAGUGGAGUAUGUGCUCAAGGAUCUGGAGCCCGGAGGUCGCUAUAGUGUUUCAGUCCGGCUCCGAAACAUGAGCAAAGAGGCCAGUUUCACUCUGAGCACAGUGCUCCUCCCAGCUCCAGAGGCCUUGAAGAUUCUGACAGAGAAGGAUCAUGUGUUUCUCUUCUGGAAAAGUCUGGCAGUGAGAGAAAAAGGCUUCAAUGAGAGCAGGGGAUAUGAGGUGCACGUUUACGACAGCGUGACCAAUAAAACCUCCUUCCUGGGAAACACCACAGAGACGUACUUCCGGAUCAGCAGCCUCCUCCUGGGGCACAACUACACGUUCUACGUCCAGGCGCGGUGCCUCGUGAACGGGCAGCUGUGCGGAGAGCCCGCCCGACUCCUCUACAACGAGCUCGCUGCAGGAGCCAAUGAGGCCUCUCGUGGGGGCGGAGCCUCUUCGGGCGGGGACAUGGCGGCUGUAGUCGUCCCCGUGUUGUUCCUUCUUCUUCUGGUCGUCUGUGGGGGUCUCGUGGCUCUGUACUUUAGACAUCGGCGUCUACAAAACAGCUUCACCGCUUUCGCAAACUCGCAUUACAACUCACGCUUAGGCUCUGCGAUCUUUUCCUCUGGGGAUGAACUGGACAUUUCCAUUCUUUCAGGUGAUGAUGAUGAAGACGCUCCGAUGAUCAGCGGUUUCUCAGACGACGUUCCCAUGGUGAUCGCGUAGCAGGAAGCGGCCCGUCCUCCUCCUCCUCCUCCGCUUUACUCCUGUAACUGUCCUGGUGCAGCUGGAGAAGAGAGAGACGACAGUGGAGAGGCUGCGAACACCGAGAACAACGAGAAUCUUCCAUUUCUCUCGCUCCAAACUGGGUGGAGAGUUAAGAGAAUAUGAUAUUUUUCAACAUUGCACUUUUUUGAUCCGCAAUAACUUAUUUUUUAUAUGAAAUAAAUAUAUAUGGGGGAAAAAAGGACUAAGAAGAGCUUUGACAACUGUGAAGGACUUGAGUUUGUUGAGCGUUACAGGAAGGAGACAAAAUUAGUGAUGCAAACUCAUUUUCCAUGGGAGCAGUACAUGCUUAAAGCCAAAAUAAGCAGAGACUGAGUAGAAUGAAACAGGUACACACACAAUAUAAAGAUGCUGUAUACGUUAUUUAAAAAAAAAUCAAUAUUGAAAGCGUUGAUGCGUAGUACUGUGCGUGCUACAGCGGGAUGUUACGUUGGUCCUCAUCUGAGUGAAUAAUGAGACAUAUCGGCAUUUACGAGAUGUUAUCCGUAGUUAUUUUCAAACGUUUGACCAAUCACGGCUUGAGUUUCGUUAGUUAUGUCUUCACAGAUGCUUCUUUUUCACCACAAACCCAUGUUAAAUGUAUGUACAAAGACGACUAUUCCGGCUUUGAGGGGAGGAAAACUGUAAAUAUCGGCUUUUAAAAACGUCCUCUCCGCGUAAUGCUGCACCAUGUCAUUUGUAAAAACGUGUAAUGUAUUUUAUUCAUUCAGGACCAUUUUAAUUCCUCCAGCAUUUGCCAUAACUGUAGUCACAGAGGAAGAGGUUGGGGUUCUCAGGGAAGUGUGUUGGAGCGAACACCAGCGCAGCACCACAUGGCUUAGGUGGCCGAUGACAACACAUAAAUAAAACUGUUUAAAAUCACCAGUUACUAAGUCAAAAUAUCACAAACUGAGACGUGUGGGGUCAGCUGAGCGUGGAAUCGCAUCUGAAGUCAUAAAAAAUCAUUUAAUGUAUUUAUAAUUGAGUUGAAUUGAAGCGUGUCUGUCAGUGUUUACAUCUACAAGAUCCGAGUUUGACCAACGUUUAAGUUUGGGCAUUUCUAUUGGACGCGCCUGUCAUCCAAGUUUACAUGCACGUAUUUUAUGAAACAAGCGCCAAAAUAAUAUGUGUUUAUACUGUAUUUCCACCUCCGCUGACUCUUAAACGUCUUAUUAUCCGAAAAUCCGGCUGCCUUGUUUCUUAAGCCAUUGAAAUAGAUGGUGUUCUACUUUCUAUCGAUCAUGUUUUUGUUUUGUUUUAAGAUGUUUUCAUGAAUGUAUUUUAUAUGUGAACUUUUAAGGUACCACCUGUGAAGUUUGUGCAUGCUCUUUACUUUGUCAUUGCUAAAGUGAAUUUGUAAAGCACCUGUUCUGUUCCGUGCAGGUUUUCUGUUACUGUGUAGACUUCUGCGGUCUAAAAAACUACUAUAAGAUUCACUCAACGCCCAACUCACAAACCUACUGCACCACUUUAUGUAAUUGUUUUGUCCUGACAUUCAGGGUUUUGUUACUUGCUCAAAACGUUCAAAUUUGUUUUAUUAUUGGCAUGGCUAGAGAUUGUAAUUUCCUGGACCAUUGCUGAGGUUAAUUCUUUUAAAAUUAUUGCCAAACUGUAAAACUUGCAACAAUAUAAAAGGAACUGUCUCCUUAAAACUUUCUAAAGUCCUUAGCCCGUUUGCCAAAAGUAGAAAACAUUUUUUUAAUUAACUUUCAAAGCAAGUGCUAUAAUUAUGUUACUGGUUUAAUUUGUACUUGCCAACUACCAGAGUACUGUGCAACCCCACAAAAUCCAAUCAAGCCUCCAUUAUAAUUAUUUAUUCAGAGGUAGCUCAUACACUGGCGUUUGGUUGAUUUCCAAAUGUAUUUACUGACAAAUCUGUUACACACCUCCCAACAGCAGAUUAGAAUGUGCCAUUUUAAAUUGAUUAAUUAAUUUGGUCAUUAGUGCCUAUAAAUAUGAAACCAUUUUUUACUAACUGUUUCCAAAAUCGUGCUGUUUCUUUAAGAUGUUUUCCAGAAAAAUUUGCAACAUACUGUUUUUAUUUUGAAGCCUUACGACCUGUUUUGUGGGAGUGAUGCUGUUUUGACUUGUUUGCAGUCUUUUUAGAUAUUGUUUUUUUUGUUUUUUGCCACAUAAUGCCUUACUAGAGAACACAGAUUAGGAUGCUACUGUAUGUAAAAGUGUAGAUCACAAGGGCACACGCAUGCAUUAACACGCUUACACAGAAGAGGAACGUCGAGGAGGAAACUACUGUCAGAUCACUGCUCUGUGUGUGUGUGAGCCGGGCACUGGUCUCAUUUCAGUCAGGUUUUACACAUGUUAUGUAUAAAGCAUAAAUCUUUGUUCAAAUGUGACCUUUUGACUCCCAUCUGUCUUAACGUGGAUUCUUGUCAAAUGGUUUGCUUCAAAAUGUCGUUUGGCACAGAGCUGGGUCGUGUUGGACUUGGCCAUGUCUGAAGAUAUUCAUGUCUUGCUUGAAAUAAGUCACGAGAAAA